AUGCCUCCGCCGCAAGAAGGCAAGAGGGCCGCUCUAGCCCGCGGCGAGGACAUCAUCGGCGUUCUACCGGAAGAUCUCCUGCAGCACGUCCUCUCCUUCCUCCCGGCGCAGCAGGCCGUGCGGACCUGCGUGCUCGCCCGGCGCUGGCGCGACCUCUGGAAAUCAGUCGCGGGCCUGCGCAUCACCGGUGGCCAGGAGUCGGAGGUGACGCCCGUCCAGGAGCUCCGCGAGUUUGUGAACCACCUUCUGCUCCUUCGCUGUGGAGCGCCAAUCGACACGUGUGAGCUCAGGUUCGCUGUGGUCUCCGACGACAACGUGCCCCGUGUGAGCCUCUGGAUCCGGCACAUUAUACUCUGCCAAGUUCGGCUGCUCCGGCUCGAUAUCUCUCGGGACGGCUACGGUGUUUACUUUUAUGUAGACAACCUGCCUCUUGCCUCUCAGCAUUUGAGGAGGCUAGAGCUCAUUGACACAGGGUUAAAUGACAGCUUUCUUGAUUUUGCCUGCUGUCCGGCGCUGGAAGAUCUGGUAAUCAUCAAUGGCUGUUUCGUCCAUGUCAGGAAGAUCUCUUCAGAGUCUCUAAAACGCCUGGCCAUCAUUGAUAGCAGUUUCAAUCAGCAUUCCCGUACUCGUAUUUAUGCUCCAAGUCUAGUUUCUGUACGACUAGAGGACAACUGGGACAGGACUCCUGUGCUUGAGAGCAUGCCGUCGUUGAAGGCUGCAUUCAUCAGAUUUAUCAAGGAAUCUGUGGACAGGUGUUUUUAUUCUGACUCUUGGGAUUGCCACAAUGAGGACUGUCAAGGUUGUUACGAUCUACAGGCUGUUAAUUCUCAUGACUCGGUGCUUCUCAAAGGUUUAUCAGAGGCUGAGAAUUUGACAUUGAUAGACGAACAUGACACGUUUAUUUUCAGAAGGGAUUUGAUGUGGUGCCCUAUAUUUAGUAAGUUAAAGACUUUGUUACUAAAUGAAUGCUGGUGCGUGCCCGACGACUUCCACGCACUAGCUUGUAUUCUUGAACACUCACCAUUUUUGGAGAUUCUCACUCUUCAUUUCUUUUCCAAGGGACCUAAUCAUAAAGUGGAAAUAAAAGGAGGUUGCAAUGCAGUGGAGAGCUCAGCUGCAAUAUCAAAACACCUUAAGGCAGUCGAAGUCAAAUGUAACUCGGUUGAUGCAGAACUUCUCAAAAUUUUGAAGUUCCUUGGUACACUUAACAUAUUUGCAACUCAACUUGUUUACUUGUUGACUUACAAUGUCAGCAUUAUGGUCUAUAAUUAUUUGCUAGGGCCAUCUGAUUCUUCAUAA